AUGGUCGUCGACAAGCGAUCCGAUUUCUUCAACACGCCUGAUUGGUUGCGCAAUUUCGUAGAAGCUUGUGCAAGUGCGAAGAAUAUUGACAAACUUGUACAACAGCAGUUUUUUAAUAGUGUGAUGGUGUUUGAGUCUGAAGAGCGCUACGGUGCGCCCUAUAAGCGCAUUGUGCCAGUGCAGCAGAAGGACACUCGACUUGCUAAGGUUUAUGCUCCAGCGAUGUCUGGGCGAAGAGCUUUCGGCGAAGUAUACCAGGCGCGCAACAAGCUUGAUUGGAAUGACUGUGCCGUAAAGUAUAUAUCCCUGGAUCUUACGGAUGAAAUGUAUUCUAGAAAGAUUACUCGUGAGGCGAAGCUUUUUUCCAAGUUAAAUCACCCCAGUAAUGUUCGUUACUUCAAUGCUUGGGAGAAUGUUGCGUCGUUGCGUGGUCUAGUUACUGGACCUCAUCGGAAUCAGAGAAUUCACCACCACGUCUGA